CUUCUAAGCUCUCAGAUUGGUGCAAAUUCGACUCUUCCAAUAAGUAUAAUGGCGUCCUUCAAAUUUCUUCUGAUAACUCUCCUUGCGUUAAUGUUCAUCUGCAGCACUUCUGUGGAAGCAAAACCCAGACACCAUCAUCCUAGGCCAAGGCCGCCUCACCAUAAGCCGAUCCAUCACCAUCUUCCCAAGCCAAUCCAUCGUCCGAAGCCUCACCAUAGGCGCCAUCGCUUUUAGCUCAAACAUCUUCCUGUGAUACAUUUGAUGGACUAUUUUGCUGCAUGAUUGAC